UUCUGGUUUCGAUUGGUCACGCCUGGUGAAAUCCGACUUGAGCGUUGACGGUCUGUCACAUUUCACGCUGACACCAAGCGAACACUGGGCGCAUACACACACAUUGGCAUCCAGCAUACACUCACACGCUGGGCUCACCAUAUUAUCGACAGAUCCGAGUCAGGAGUACAGUCGAGGGGAGCACAUCGCAGUGACUAAACGCUUCGUCUGUGAGAGGAAACGAGAGGAAAACGCAAGAAAAAAAAAAAAGAGGAAAUCCCCCGAAAGGAAAUGCCAAUCGCAGCCACUGGACAGCCAACGACUCAGGAGCCUAGAGUUUGCCCCCGGCUGCCCUCCACCCCGGAGCCUGGCCCUAAAGGGGCUGAUUUAUUCGAGGAGGCGGGGGCGGCGGAGUCGGCGGAGCGAACAGAGUACGGGGGCGCGGAGGGGGGCAGAGGACCGGGCUACAGUUACAGCCAGAGCGGCGCUAGGGGCUUUGCACAGCCCGGAUCCACCAACGGCUCUCCGCCGCAGUCUCCAGCCGCGUCCUCCUCUUUUCUCUUCCACCCACUUCACCCCCACCAAAUGGCCAUGGAGCCCCCAAGGACUCGAUCGCGUUCUCGGUCUGGAUAUUACCAGCAGUACGGUGGUGGGAAUGGCAAUGGAAUUACCGGCAGCGGAGUCAUGGGAUCUAACCAUCAUCUCCACCACCACCACCACCAGCAGCAGCAGCAGCAGCAGCAGCAGCAGCAACUACAUCCACAGCAACACGGUGCCGGUUGCGCACCACUUGGAGCUCACGGCAACCUCCCGGAGAACCAGCCGCGAGCCCCAGGAAGUAACGCCUCCCCCGGCAUUCAGAGGCUGUCUUCGGUCCCCGGAGCGCACCGCAUCCCGGCAGCAGGUAAAUGCCGCCAGUUGUCAUUGUAAUUGACUAUGUAUGUGGUGGUGUACCCUACGACCGGUAGAGGUAAACGAAUCAGACGUUUCACUCGACUUUUGCCUUCACAUACCUGCAAGUUGCAGAGAUAGUCGUCGAGGCGGUAAAUACCUUCGGGAUGUUUUCAGAGGCAAGUUGAGAGGAGCGAGCUGUCGGGUUGGCGUGGCAGAAGUGUCCGUGCAUGUGUGAACACAUUUGUUG